UACAUGAUAUGGUAUGCCGCAAUGCCGUUAGUCGUUGUACGGUGGUAUACAGCACUAGGAAGUGAUUGCGAUGGGCGCGUCCGAGCGUAUAUGCUCGACACGAGAGCUUCGGAGGAAGGAUCCCGGAGAGAUGCAAGUGGGACAUGGAUACUCUCCACACGCAAUUGCCUCAUGAAUCGAAGGACGGACAGCUACGCAGUGAACUCCGGGGAGCACGGCUUCUAG